AUGGGUUAUUCUUCUACAAACAUACACUUUGACUAUGAUGGACAAUAUGCGAAAUCAGGAGAUGAUUAUGAAUGGAUUCCAAGCGAUGGUCGUUUGUAUGGUAUAUCCUUUAAGACAUCAUCAUUGGAUGAGAUCACUUAUUCCUGUUUGAAGGAGAGGAUAUGCAAGAAGAAGAGGAUAGAUCCGUGUUUAAAGAGGAUGAAUCUGAGUUACAUUCCACUGGUAGUAGAACCUAAGAGGCAAUCAUAUAUUUUGGAUGAUGAAGAUGUGUAUGUGUAUCUGACAUCAGUGAAUAAAGAGGGAAGAAGAAGUAUUUUGCAUGUAGAGGUCAUCGAAGAAAUGGAGCAACAAUCAGUAGUUGAGAAAGAAAGCUCAUAUGGUGGGAACUAUAGUGAGCUUGCGAGUGGAUUACCCGAAGUUGAAGGUAAUCCGGGUGCACUCACUCUAUUUCCUCGCAUUGAAGAAGCAGAACUAUAUCUGCCGGGGGCUGAACGGGUGGAGAAUGUUGUUAUAAAUGGAAAAAACGACGAAAGAGGCAUUAAUGUUGUUAAUGGAGAAGCCGACGAAAGGGGCAUUAAUGUUGUUAAUGGAGAAGCCGAGGAAAGGGCCGGGGAAGGGGGCGUGGACAGUGAGGGCGACGUGGAUAACUCUAUGGGUGUUCGUCCUAGUUCGUACUAUGUUGAGCUCCCACGUGUUGCAAAAGAAAAACCAGUGGUUAAAGAGUGGGAAGAUGGUUUGGGUCUUCGGUUGUUUCAAGAAUUUGAGAGUAAAGAAGCUGUGAAACAUAUUAUUGAUAGAGCAUCACAAGAGAACUGUUUUGGAAUCAGUAUUUGCAACUCGGACAGGGGUCGAUAUGUGGUGAAAUGUCGUGGAGCAGAUGAAGGUUGUAAAUGGAGUGUGAGAGCAACAAAGAUAAAUAAAUCUGAAGCGUUCUCGAUUAGAACAUACAGGAAUAUGCAUUCAUGCUCUCGCGUAACUUCAAGUACUGGAAAGAAAAUGAAAGUUACACCAAGAUGUGUUGCAGCUAUAGUGCACAAGGAUUAUCCGGGACUAUAUGAGACACCAACAGCGAAAAUCCUGGUCGGUCUGGUGCAAAGGAAACUGGGUGUGGAAGUGUCGUAUACGACAUGUUUGAGAGGAAAAAAACAAGCUGUUGCGGAUAUUCGUGGUGAUCCGGAGAAGGGAUAUAUAAUAUUGCAUGCUUAUUUGUAUAUGUUAGAGAAGGCGAACCCGGAUACAAAAACAAGUUUGGUAGUGGAUAAAAACAACCGGUUCAGAUACCUAUUUGUUGCGUUGGGAGCCUCCAUUGAAGGGUUUGAAUACAUGAGGAAAGUCAUCACUGUGGAUGCAACUUUCCUGAAGACUGUUGAAGGUGGUUGUUUAAUUAUUGCCACGGCUCAGGAUCCAAACCUUCACCAUUAUCCAAUAGCUUUUGCUGUGGUUGAUGGGGAGAAAAACGAAAGCUGGAAGUGGUUUUUCACGACGCUGAAAACUAUUAUACCGGAUUCGACGGAAUUGGUGUUUGUUUCAGACAGAAAUCCAAGUCUGAUAAAAGCUGUUGGUGAAGUGUAUCCGAUGUCUAAACAUGGGUAUUGUAUCUGGCAUCUAUCGCACAAUUAUGACGAUUUUAGGGAGAGGUAUCCAUCGUGUGCUAGGUAUCUUGAUAAAAGUGUCGAAGUCAAACGGUGGGCGAAGUGUCAUUUCCCCGGUGCUAGGUACAACAUAGACACCUCUAAUUGUGCGGAGUCUUUGAAUGCGCUAUAUGAAAAGGCGCGAAGGAUGUCUUUAUUGCCUAUGCUUGAUACAGUUAUUGAUAAAAUGUCUGAGUGGUUCAACAGACAUAGGAAGGAUGCAGCAGAAGGACCGUCAUCUCGAAAAUUGGUUCCUUUGGUGGAGAACAAAUUGCAUAAGAGAACACCGAAAGGUUCAAAACUUACAGUGACUCCGCUGAACACUUUUCAGCUUGAAUACAGUGUUAUUGGAGAAGACGGGAAGACUUAUUCUGUGGAUUUGCAACAGAAAACGUGCAGAUGCAGGAAGUUUGAUAUAGAUAAAUACCCAUGUAGACAUGCAAUAAGAGCUAUCAUUAAGUGUUUGCAGCAUGAUAAACCAUUACAGUUGAGUGACAUGUACGAUUUCAUCUCGAAUUAUUACUUCAUUACAACAUGGGCGAAAGCGUUUCGAAGGACUAUAUAUCCAGUCCCUCAUAUAACUCAUUGGCUGGUUCCAAAAGAAGUCGCGGCGGUGAAGUGUCCUCUACCUCCAGACUACAAGAAAAAAAAAGGAAGACAUCAGGAAAAAAGGCAUCCUUCGGCGGGAGAAAGUCGGCCCCGUCCCCGUCCUAAUAACUAUGUUGAGAAAUCUGAAUACAUCAAUGUUAGCUAUGUUUUUAGCUAUGUUAGCUAA